GAAAAUGAAAUUGAACAAUUCAAGUGAAUUAGUAAUUUAUUUUGUGGAGCUGCACGUUUCCACUGUUCGAGCUGAUUAACCAUUUCUACUUCUAUCAAUUACUACCAUUUUUAAUUGUUGCGCAGCACAAGCAGCCGCCGCCACAGAAAAAACUGAAAAAAGAAAAGAAAAGAAAAAACUCGUAAAUUAAUAGGAAGAGAUACACAAACUGUGUAAUUCCUCUUGCUCAGACAACAUCAGAUGGCUUCAUCUGCUGUAGCUCCGACCUCCUCAUUCCUCGUGGACAAGAAAGAUGUGGGCUUUUCAGCUGUAUGCACCCAACCUUCAUUUCCAUGUUCCGCGCAGCUCUCCAAGAGAAGGGUUUCGAGAAAAAUAGUUUCUGUAAUGGCGCCCCAGCAAUCCGAGCGCAAACCGUCGACGACGGGGGCGGUUAAGACUGGGAUGACCAUGACUGAGAAGAUAUUGGCGAGAGCUUCGGAGAAAUCCCAAUUGGUUCCCGGUGAGAAUGCGUGGGUCAAUGUGGAUAUUUUGAUGACACAUGAUGUUUGUGGCCCUGGUUCCAUUGGGAUUUUCAAGAAGGAAUUCGGCCAAAAUGCAAAGGUCUGGGACCGUGAAAAAGUUGUUAUCAUUCCUGAUCAUUACAUCUUCACAACUGAUGAACGAGCAAAUCGCAAUGUAGACAUCUUGAGGGAUUUCUGUAAUGAACAAAACAUUAAGUACUUCUACGAUAUUAAAGAUCUUGGAAAUUUCAAGGCUAAUCCUGAUUACAAAGGUGUGUGCCAUGUUGCGCUUGCCCAAGAAGGCCAUUGCCGACCUGGAGAGGUCCUGCUGGGUACCGACUCUCACACAUGUACUGCUGGAGCAUUUGGUCAGUUUGCUACUGGAAUUGGAAACACUGAUGCCGGUUUCGUAUUGGGUACUGGAAAGCUUUUGCUUAAGGUGCCUCCAACAUUGAGAUUUGUAAUGGAUGGUGAAAUGCCCGACUAUCUGCUCGCAAAAGAUUUAAUUUUGCAAAUUAUUGGUGAAAUUUCAGUUGCUGGCGCGACAUACAAAGCAAUGGAAUUUGUUGGUUCAACUGUUGAGAGUUUGACGAUGGAAGAGAGAAUGACACUGUGCAACAUGGUAGUCGAAGCUGGGGGAAAGAAUGGUGUCGUCCCUGCUGAUAGUACCACAUAUAAGUACCUUGAGGACAAGACAUCUUUGCCAUUUGAACCAGUGUUUAGCGAUGGAGGAGCAAGGUUUCUUCAAGAGUACCGAUUUGACAUUUCAAAGCUCGAGCCUUUGGUGGCUAAGCCUCAUUCUCCCGACAAUCGUGCUUUAGCCCGAGAGUGCAAAGAUGUGAAAAUAGACAGGGUAUAUAUUGGAUCUUGUACUGGUGGGAAAACAGAAGAUUUCAUGGCUGCUGCUAAAGUAUUUCUUGCUUCGGGUAAAAAGGUCAAAGUCCCGACCUUCCUAGUUCCAGCUACGCAGAAGGUCUGGAUGGAUGUAUAUAGCCUUCCGGUCCCAGGAUCCGGUGGGAAAACUUGCUCACAGAUAUUUGAGGAAGCUGGAUGCGAUACACCCGCAAGCCCUAGUUGCGGUGCUUGUUUGGGAGGACCAAGAGACACGUAUGCACGCAUGAAUGAACCUCAGGUGUGUGUUUCGACCACAAACAGGAAUUUCCCUGGCCGUAUGGGCCAUAAAGAAGGGCAGAUCUAUCUAGCUUCUCCGUACACAGCUGCUGCAUCUGCGUUGACUGGUUUCGUCACAGACCCACGGGAAUUUCUACAGUAAGAUUUUCGCAAACGAGCUCUACCUUUCUGAAUGCUGCUUCUGAGAUGAUCCACCUCAAGCUCUACUUUUCUAAAUGCUGCCAUUGCCGAUUCACAUGUUGUGAUGUGUUAGAACUUGUAAUGUCGAUGUAACGAGAGAAACGAACUUUUUAGAGCCUUCUACGUCCGUAAUUGUAAUAAACAGAUCUCAAAGAAGUUAGUCUUGAUGUAGCUGCUGUUGUUUAGCAAUUGCUAGAUUGAGUGUAAGAAACAGUGGUGCCUUAAGAUUAUUGUCUGUGUGCUGGAAUUUAUUUUUGAAUUUGUUUGGAUGA